UUAACGUUUUGGGGGAUGGAGCUAAAUCAACCCUAAAAGGGGUGUCCUGAGAGAAGCCUGGCUCUUCGUAAGUCAGAACAGGUAACAGGCAUCCGUUUUACCCUAAACGCCCUAUUUUCUAUCUCACAGAUUCGCCGGCGACGAUGGCUGCAAAAGACUCCGACCCUUCAUUAGGGUUUCUGACGAAGAAAGAAACGGAGGUGAAGCUGCCGCGGCCGACUAGGGUUAAGAACAAGACCCCAGCCCCCAUCCAAAUCACCGCUGAGCAAAUCCUCCGAGAAGCUCGUGAACGGCAAGAGGCUGAAAUCCGACCGCCGAAGCAGAAGAUCACUGAUUCGACUGAGCUCGCUGACUAUCGCCUCCGCAAACGGAAGGAGUUCGAAGACCUAAUCCGAAGAGUGCGAUGGAACAUCAGCGUCUGGAUCAAGUACGCGCAGUGGGAGGAGUCUCAGAAGGACUUCAACCGAGCGCGAUCUGUGUGGGAGCGAGCGCUCGAGGUCGAUUACAGGAACCACACGUUGUGGCUGAAGUACGCCGAGGUGGAGAUGAAGAACAAGUUCAUCAACCACGCGCGGAAUGUCUGGGACCGCGCUGUCACUCUAUUGCCUCGCGUCGAUCAGCUCUGGUACAAGUACAUUCACAUGGAGGAGAUGCUGGGGAAUGUGGCUGGUGCUCGGCAGGUUUUCGAGAGAUGGAUGACUUGGAUGCCGGACCAGCAGGGUUGGUUAUCAUACAUUAAGUUUGAGAUUCGAUACAACGAGAUGGAGAGAGCGCGGGGAAUUUUUGAGCGGUUCGUGCAGUGUCACCCGAAGGUCGGGGCAUGGAUUCGCUAUGCCAAAUUUGAGAUGAAGAAUGGAGAGGUUGCGAGGGCAAGGAAUUGUUACGAGAGGGCCAUUGAGAAGUUGGCCGAUGAUGAGGAUGCUGAACAAUUGUUCCUUGCAUUUGCGGAAUUUGAAGAGCGGUGUAAGGAAUCCGAGCGUGCUAGGUGCAUUUACAAGUUCGCUCUUGACCACAUACCAAAAGGUAGGGCGGAGGACUUGUACAGAAAGUUUGUGGCAUUUGAAAAGCAAUAUGGUGACAAGGAGGGAAUAGAGGAUGCAAUCGUGGGGAAGAGGAGGUUUCAGUAUGAAGAGGAGGUUAGGAAGAAUCCACUCAAUUACGACUCAUGGUUUGAUUAUAUUAGAUUGGAGGAGAAUACAGGGAACAAAGCCAGGACUAGAGAAGUUUAUGAGCGGGCUAUUGCUAAUGUUCCUCCUGCUGAGGAGAAGCGAUACUGGCAGCGCUACAUUUACUUGUGGAUUAAUUAUGCUUUAUACGAAGAGCUUGAGGCAGAAGACGCGGAGCGGACACGAGAUGUAUAUAGGGAGUGUCUUAAGCUGAUUCCUCACGACAAAUUCUCAUUUGCGAAACUAUGGCUUAUGGCUGGCCAGUUUGAAAUACGACAAUUAAAUCUCAAGGGUGCCCGUCAAAUCCUGGGGAAUGCAAUUGGAAAGGCUCCAAAAGAUAAGAUUUUCAAGAAAUACAUUGAGAUCGAGUUGCAACUCGGCAAUAUAGAUCGUUGUCGGAAGUUAUAUGAGAAAUAUUUGGAGUGGUCCCCUGAGAACUGCUAUGCUUGGAGCAAGUAUGCUGAAUUGGAGAAGUCUUUGUCUGAAACAGAGCGAGCUAGAGCUAUCUUUGAGCUUGCAAUUGCUCAACCUGCAUUGGAUAUGCCAGAGUUAUUGUGGAAGGCAUAUAUUGACUUUGAGAUAUCAGAGGGAGAAUUCGAAAGGACCAGGGAGCUCUAUGAGAGGCUUCUAGAUCGAACAAAGCACUUGAAAGUGUGGAUUAGUUAUGCAAAAUUCGAGGCAUCUGCUAUGGUGGAGGAUGACAUGGGUGCAGACUUACCAGAAGAUGAUGCCCAGGAAUCUAUUCUAGAAGAAAAGAGGCAAUGCAUUGAACGAGCUAGAAGGGUUUUUGAGAAAGCCGUUAACUAUUUUAGAACAUCUGCACCUGAACUGAAAGAGGAAAGGACCAUGCUUCUGGAAGAGUGGUUGAACAUGGAAAGUAGCUUUGGUGAGCUUGGUGAUGUCAAUUUGGUCCAGAUAAAGUUGCCCAAGAAACUCAAGAAGAAGAGGCAAAUAGUAACGGAGGAUGGUCCAUCUGGUUACGAGGAGUAUAUAGACUACCUGUUCCCUGAGGAAACCCAGACCACAAAUCUCAAGAUUUUGGAAGCAGCAUACAGGUGGAAGAAGCAAAAAACUUCUGAUGACGAAUAGAAGGGUAUAUCUUGUAAAUACGUGGAGCUUUUAUUGAACUUACCUUUUUAUUUAUUUUUCUCUGAAAUAGAAUCCAACACCAGAGAAACUUCAUUUUUGUAAAACACAUCUAAAUGUUAGUGCUUAUUGUUUUAUUUAUGCUUUAACUGCAAAGACGUGGAAGAAGCAGAAAUUGCUGAUGGCAGGUAGCAGGUAGCAGGUUUUAUCCUGUAAAUAUGUGGAGUUUUGUAACGAAGGUUAGGCCUUCUUUUAUGCUAGAGUUCUUUGUUUCAUGGUGCUUUA